GGUCAAAUGCAGAGAACUUGGGCCAGUUGGCCGAGAGGCUAGAGGGGUGGAGUUGGGGUAUUCUUAGCUUUGAAUCCGACAGUGGACAGUUCACCACUGUGAGUCCCUGAGUAUGACCCUUGAACCCCUUGGAGUGUGUGCCUUGAGUGGCAGGUGUAAAGCACCUUGAGGGCUGCUCAUAGUGUGGAAAAGUGCUUUGGAAACGCACGAAGAAAUAAAAGCAUGCUGUUUGUGUGGUGACACGAAAAAAAAUAUGCAAUUCAAAUAUGUACUAUUAUUUUUGUUAAUGUUUGUUUAUUGCGCGUCCCUGAGAAGUUCCCCUCUAGCGGCCGCGGCGAGCACUGCAGGCGGCGGUCGUCAUGGCGGCUCAGACCCGGGCUCUCGUCUCUGCCAGGUGGCUGGCAGAUGCUCUCAAACCCCACGUCGGCCCCAAACUCCGCAUCCUCGACGCGUCCUGGUACCUGGCCAAAACCAAGCGGGACCCGCGGGAUGAGUUCUCCCAGACACACAUCCCGGACUCGUCCUUCUUUGACAUAGACGAGUGCUGCGACCAGAGCUCGUGCCUGGACCACAUGCUGCCCGUCGCCGGCCACUUCUCCCGGUACGUGGGGGAUCUGGGCAUCGGGAACGACACGCACGUCGUGGUGUACGACACCAGCGACUUCGGCUCGUUCAGCGCGCCCCGUUGGUGGAUGUUCCGGCUGUUCGGGCACAGCCUGGUGUCGGUGCUGGACGGCGGCUUGAAGAACUGGCUGGCGGAGGGUCUCCCGGUGACCUCCGAGCACCGCAGACCGGAGCGGAGGGACUUCCGGGCCGAGCUGAACCCAGCCUGGGUGAAGAACUACGAGGAGAUUCUGGAGAACAUCGGGACCAGGCAGGUCCAGGUGGUGGACGCCAGGUCUGCGGGGAGGUUCAGAGGAAUCGAACCCGAGCCCAGAGAUGACGUGCUACCUGGACAUUUCCCCGGAGCGAUCAGCAUGCCGUUCAUGUCCUUCAUGGACGCCUCUGGGAAGGAGCUGGGAGCUGAGAGCCUGUCCAGACUCUUCGCGGCGGCCGGGGUGGACCUGCAGCAGCCGCUCUGGGCCACCUGCGGUUCCGGUGUCACGGCGUGCCACGUCGCCCUGGCCGCUCACCUCCUGGGGCACCCCGGGGUCUGUGUCUACGAUGGCUCCUGGAGCGAGUGGUUCAAAAGGGCUGCUCCAGAGCACAUCAUCUCAGAGGGAGAGGGGAAGAAGCCGUAACCGGCUCAGCCAGUACAAACAAGGAUGCGGCAUUUUUAAGGUUUACU